AUAAAAAAAGAAAAGCGACAAGGAGAUUAGGAACUGACUUUGCUAAUUUGAAGCACCAUCAUCUCUCUCUCUUUAUUCUUUUUCUCUCUCCUCAAAACAGGCAACUGAGUCAAUUCCAUAGAACAAGAAACAACAAAAAGAAGAAGCUUUUGAUAUUAUUGAGGUGUGCGCAAUUUACAGAUUUUUUGCGCACAAUUUGAUGAUGGGAGAUGAUAAAUCAACAACGAUGGUGAUGGGAAGUAGCAGUAGAGAGAGAGAUCGAGAACUUCUUAUACCAGUCGCUGACUCUUCCAUUAAUCAUGACCACUCUGCUAAACCUUCACCUUCUGCUUCUUCUUCUCAUCAUUCUGGUAGAGAGACUUUUUAUAAAAUAAUCAGAAGUUGGGCUUCAAAGAAGUUUAUGACAGGAUGUGUCAUCCUUUUUCCGAUAGCUGUCACUUUCUACAUAACCUGGUGGUUCAUACAUUUUGUGGAUGGAUUUUUCUCUCCUAUAUAUGCUCAACUUGGAAUUGAUAUUUUUGGCCUCGGAUUCAUAACUUCAAUAGCAUUUAUAUUCUUGGUUGGCGUUUUCAUGUCAUCGUGGUUGGGAGCAUCUGUUUUGGGCCUUGGUGAGUGGUUUAUUAAGAGGAUGCCUUUUGUCCGUCACAUCUACAAUGCCUCAAAGCAAAUCAGUUCUGCAAUAUCACCAGACCAGAACACGCAGGCUUUCAAAGAAGUGGCCAUCAUUAGACAUCCACGAAUUGGGGAAUAUGCAUUUGGGUUCAUCACAUCAUCUGUUUCCCUGCAGAGUUAUUCUGGGGAGGAGGAUCUAUGUUGUGUCUAUGUUCCCACAAACCAUCUAUAUAUCGGUGAUAUUUUCCUCGUCAACUCGAAGGAUGUAAUCAGGCCAAACCUGUCAGUUCGUGAAGGAAUUGAGAUCGUAGUGUCUGGUGGGAUGUCUAUGCCACAGAUCCUCUCAACGUUGGAUUCUCGUAUCGGCCACCUUGACAGAAUAAGAUCGAACAGAAGCUGAGACUGAUGGUAAUUUUUAGGGUAUAGAUGCCUGAUUAGUAGAUAGUGAACCAGAAGUCUCAAAUGUGUGGAGAGAAUACUCAUGCAAUGCAACCUGUUUAUAGUUCACCUUGAGAAGACGCGAACAAUUAGAGUUAAAAACUAUUUUUGAAGUUGUAUCUGUUUCGUCAUACGAUAUAUUCGUCGGAUGUCUCAUGUCUUGUACAAUGUAGAUGUAGUGUGUUGUUCAAAAUCAGAGGCACGCUGUUACGAGAUUAUAGGUUUAUGUGUUUUGUUGAUGCUUUUCUUUCUCUAUUUAUCACUAUGUUCUAUUUUUCUUUCGGAA